AUCAUGCACCCGGGUUCCAGGGUGCCGGGCUCAGCCUGCGGCCUGAGACCCGGGCCGCCCCUCGGGAGCUGGGAGGGGUCUGGAAUGAGGAGCAGAGCGGAGGGGGCCAUCCUUACUCUUGGCCCACCGCGGAAGUUGCGGCCCCUCAUAACUUAGCAGGCUUCUCGGCCCAAGCCUGCCCUCGGCAUCGCUACAUCGGGCCUAAUAUGGCCGCUUGUGCCGGGGCCUCUCCCUUGCGCAGAGAACCGGGCCGAGGUCCGGAACCAGGGACUGCUUCCGGCAUUCCUCGCGGGCGUGGCGUGGGCUUCCUUCCCCUUACUCCAGGUCCCGCGAGAGGGAGACCCUUGGGCUUUCAGGUAGCAUGGCCCAGGGCCUGAUUGAAGUGGAGCGAAAGUUCGUUCCCGGGCCCGGCACAGAGGAGCGGCUGCAGGAGUUGGGGGGUACCCUGGAGCACCGAGUCACUUUCCGAGACAGCUACUAUGACACCCCUGAGCUGAGCCUCAUGCGAGCUGAUUACUGGCUGCGACAGCGAGAAGGCAGUGGAUGGGAGCUCAAAUGUCCCGGAGCGGCAAGUGUCUCAGGACCCCACACUGAGUACACGGAACUCACAGCUGAGCCUUCAAUUGUGGUCCAGCUAUGUGAGGUGCUGGGGGCUGUGGUCCCGGGGGCUGGGGGCGUGGCUGCUGUGUUGGGCCCCUUGGGGCUGCAGUUAGUAGCUAGUUUUGUGACGAAGCGCAGUGCCUGGAAACUGGUGCUGUCCGGAGCUGACGGAGAGGAGCGGCUGCUCAGGGUGGACCUGGAUACAGCUGACUUUGGCUACGCUGUGGGUGAGGUAGAGGCGCUGGUGGACAAGGAGGCUGAAGUCCCAGCUGCCCUGGAGAAGAUCCACCACCUCAGCAGCCUGCUUGGUGUGCUGGCGCAGGAGAAGGCACCUGCCAAGCUGAUUGUGUACCUGCAGCGCUUCCGGCCCCAGGACUACCAGCGCCUGCUAGAAGUGUACGGCUCCAAAGAGCAGCCUUAGGGGACUGGAAAUCUGGACAUGACAUGGGGCUGAGGAGCUUCAUUCCUGGGCUCACCAUGCCUCUUCCCUUCUGGCUCCCCUUCCCACAGUGACCCCUCUCACUCCAGCUCUGCCUGUUCCUUCACCCUACCCUCCGCUAUCCUUCCUGGAGCCUUCCCUGGCUGCCUCCUCUCCCUCAUCCGUCAGAUGCAAUCUGUGGGCCGCCCCUCUGCCCUGGCCGCUAAGCAGCCUCCAUUGAUUUCCGCUCGUGUUUAUAGGAUUUCCACUUAGCCGUGAUCAGUAGUUAAGCACAGGAAAAUCCCUUGCCACCCCCCUCCCUUGGUCGAUGCCAUUGAUUCUGCCAGCGGCUCCUAAACUGCCUUACAGCUGAGUUAGAGAGGAGGGGAGGCAGCAGGGAUUUCCCUGCCCCGGGCUACAGGGAACAGCAGCAGCCUGGGGAAGCUGGUGAGGAUUCCUGUUAGAAAUCUAGAACUUCUGGUUUGACACUGCCCCUGUGCCUAGAGAGUAGAGUGCCUCCUGUGGAGGUUUAGGGGCACAUCUGCUCCCCAGCCAGAACGGGGGUAGAAGGAAAACCUUCCUUUGUUGAAACCAGUUCCAAAGGCUUAGGGCAAGAUACCUACUUCCUGUAUAAGAAGGCUCCUCCCUGGCUGUUAUUCACAUACAUUUUCUACCUCAAAUAAUGGCUUUGCCCCCUAGGGCUUUAUUGGGCUUUCAUCAUUUGUGGGGUUCCCCCCACCCCAGUUCUGCAGCAGCAAGGACAGGACCAGAGUGCCACCUGCUGGUCACCCUCAGAUAUGGAUCCAAGUAGCUGGGGCUCCUGAUUUGGGGACACAGGAGGAUUUCAGGCUCUGAGUGGAGGCGGAGUUACUGCCAUGUCUCCACAGGCAAGUUGUUCACCUCAAAGAUUUCCUGUACCGACUGGCCAAAGUGGUCGUAGGUGAGGCGCAACUUCAACCGCAAGGGGGCCUAGGAACAGGAGAGCGAAGACCAGGGUAAGCACAGGUGGCUCCUCCCUGCCCUAGGUCUUAGCCUCCAGGGGCUCCUGGAGCUCACCUUGUUAGGAUUGAGGAUUCUGAGCAGCUGGGUCAUCGGAAGGCCACCCUGGGCUGGAACAGUGUCUCCACUGGGGGCCUGUAGCUGCAGCUGGAAACUCUAAACACAGGAGGUUGGACAGAGCACACAUAAGGCAGCUGGCUGGCUCAGGCAACCACUCCACACCCAACAGUUUCAAACCCUCUUCCCGCGACUCCCCAGGUGCCUGUCUCUGCAGUCACUCCCUUCUCAUCUCACCCUCCCUCCACCCCCAGCACCUCCCCUACUUAGUGGCUUUUUCUCCGGGAGUAUCCAGGCUACCUCUGAGUCCUGGUCUUCUACAAACCUUAGGCACAGCCGCCUGGCAGAUGAAGUGGGUGACGUCACCCCCUGAGGUGUUGGUGGCAGUGACAGUGAUUAACAGCAAAGUAGGGGUUCCAGGGGGUCGAACAAAAGAAAGAUUCAGCUGAAGUCCUUCACGCUCAAAUACUUUGAGAUUUGGGAUGGGAGCUACAGUAGGGAGAGAGAAGUGACUCAGUAUAUGGGCUGAAGAUAACAGUUCAUUCAUUCAUGCAAGAAAAAUUAAAUGAGCACCCACUGGGUGCAGGGAACUGCUCCAGAUGCUAGUGAUCGAGUGGACAAGAAGAUGAGGUCCCCAGUGGAGCUCACAGCUUAGGAGAGAAAAACAAUAAACAAGAAAACAAUCACA